CGUCUCACUGCCUGCCCACUCAAGUGCCAAUUCCCUGGAGCGGCCUGUCUCCUCUGGAGCCUCGGCAGAGUCUUCUUUCAGAACUCACUACCAAGAGCCCAGAACAGGAGCCACCAUGCAGUGCUUCAGUUUCAUUAAAACCAUGAUGACCCUCUUCAAUUUCCUCAUCUUUCUGUGUGGUGUCGCCCUGUUGGCAGUGGGCAUCUGGGUGUCCGUCGAUGGGUCAUCCUUCCUGAAGAUCUUCGGGCCGCUAUCAUCCAGUGCCAUGCAGUUUGUCAACGUGGGCUACUUCCUCAUCGCAGCUGGUGCUGUGCUCUUUGCUCUUGGUUUCCUGGGCUGCUACGGUGCUCAGACUGAGAACAAGUGUGCCCUCAUGAUGUUCUUCUUGAUCCUCCUCAUCAUCUUCAUCGCUGAGAUUGCAGCUGCUGUGGUUGCCUUGGUGUAUACCACCAUGGCUGAGCACUUCCUGACGUUCCUGAUAGUGCCUACCAUCAAGAAAGACUAUGGUUCCCAGAAAGACUUCACCCAAGUGUGGAACACCACCAUGGCAGGGCUCAAGUGCUGUGGCUUUAACAACUACACAGAUUUUGAGGGCUCUCCCUACUUCAUGAAGAACCAUACCUUUCCCCCAUACUGUUGCGUUGACGAUGGCAAUGGCACAACCACAGAACCCUGCACCAAGGAGAAGGCUGAUGUCAAGAUUGUACAGGGCUGCUUCAGUCAGCUUCUGUAUGACAUCCGAACCAAUGCGGUCACUGUGGGUGGUGUGGCAGCUGGAAUUGGGGGCUUGGAGCUGGCGGCCAUGAUCGUGUCCAUGUAUCUGUACUGCAAUUUGCAGUAAGUCUGCUUCUGCCUCCGCCACUGCUGCUGCCAUAUAAGACCUGGGAAGAGGCAUCCUGGCACUGCCAAGUGGCAGUGAUUGGGCUGCGGACAGGAUCUAACAGUUUCAUUUGGGCCAGAGUGGGCCCAGCCUUGCUGCUCUGGACUUGGGGCCAAAUAGGGGACCACCCCCUUCAGGCUGUGCCUGAGUUUUCCUUCCAUUGGUAGGGUUGGGGCCAGAACUUCUAAGGCAGCCAGUUUUCCUGCCCAUACUUCUAGUCUGUCCCUUAAGCCCCUGACACCCUCGCAGGUUGAAGGGGGGCUCUCGGUGAUCCCAGCAGACCCUUGAGGGAUGAGAGAAAGGCACCCUAAAGCAUGGGCAUAUAUGCAAAAUCAGCAGUCAGCAGGCGGAUGUGUAGAAGGCUCUUCAGAACUCAGAACCCAAUUAAAAUGUCUCUGUUUGGAA